AGCUGUUCUGUAAUCUGUUGGUUGGUGUGCUCGGUCCAAAUAGGAGAGAAAGGAAAAAAAAAAAAUUGUCGCCCUAAUAAAGCCAGUGUUGUCGUCGGCCGCCGCUGACCAAGUGCUAUAACUCGAUCUGAUUCGGUGGUAAUCGUAACAAGUUAAGACGAUGGAAGGGGAUGGCGGUGGUGCGAUGCCAUUGUCAAGUGAGAAUGCGAAAGAAGAGCAGCAGGGGACGUCCUACACUUAUUGGGUGAGGCAAGUGACGGAGGAAGCGGCGCCUCCCCCGGUUCCCAGAAUGCUCUCGUCUCAGGAUAUUCUCUCCGCCCAAUCUCAGCCUGCCACCCUCGGCUCUCUCUGGAAUCGGGCUGGAACUUGGGAGGAGAAGAAUGUCAAUAAAUGGGCGACAGAUAGAAUAAAGGAGUUGCUUGUAUCAGUGGGUUCCGUGGAGUUCCCAGGUGGCAAAGCACAAAUAUCAGAUGUCUCCAAGUGUGUAGGGGAUGCAUUCUUGGUGACUGUGCGAAACAAGAAACGCGUUGGCUACACCUAUGAACUAACCUUGAAAGUCAAAGGGGAAUUGAUUACCGGAGAGGAGAAAAAGAUGGUAAAGGGCCAGAUAGACAUCCCAGAGUUUUCAUAUGGGGAACUAGAUGACUUGCAGAUGGAAGUGCGGUUGGGUGAAGAGAAGGAUCUUCUGCAUCAAGAUAAGUUGCAAAUUAGCCAAAAUCUGAAGCUAUUUUUGCAGCCUGUUCGUGAGAAAUUACUUCAAUUUGAACAGGAACUAAAAGAUAGAUAGAACUGGGACAGCUCCAGUUUGAGCUCCAGUUUGGUCAAAAAUAGUUGCGAAGGCUCUUACAUUUAGCAGACUGUAAUUUUAUUUUUGUAUUCAUUUGAUGACUACCCUUUCCACUGCAUGUAAUGGAAAGUGGGGAUGGAGGCAAAUCUUUCCCAUAAUGUUUAGAACUGAUUUGAAACAAAUGUUGACAGUGAUAUAUGUAUUCCGUUCGGUGGUAUGAAUUGUGGAUUCGUGAUGAGCUAUUCGCUAGGAUAUGUAUUAAUGAUCAGCAGUGGAAGCCUGCCUCAAUGGGCGGCAGUUGCAUAAUAUCA